GCUCCGACCGGCCCCGGAGCCGCCGCCGCCCGCCCGCCCCCCGCAUCUGAGCCGCCCGCCUGCGCCCCGCGCCGCGCGCUGCAGCCGACGCCCGCCGGGCCGCGCGCAAACUUCCCGGGCCGGCGGGCAGGGGGCGGCGGCGGCGGCGGGGCCCGGAUGGGAGCCCGGGCCGGCGGCGGCGGCGCCCAUGGACACUAACCGCCCGGGCGCGUUCGUGCUGAGCAGUGCCCCGCUGGCCGCGCUGCACAACAUGGCCGAGAUGAAGACGUCGCUGUUCCCCUACGCGCUGCAGGGCCCGGCCGGCUUCAAGGCGCCCGCGCUGGGCAGUCUGGGCGCGCAGCUCCCGCUUGGGACCCCGCACGGCAUCAGCGACAUCCUGGGCCGGCCGGUGAGCGCGGCGGGCGGGGGCCUCCUGGGAGGCCUGCCCCGACUCAACGGGCUCGCCUCGUCCGCCGGCGUCUACUUCGGGCCCGCGGCCGCCGUGGCGCGCGGCUACCCCAAGCCCCUGGCAGAGCUGCCGGGGCGCCCGCCCAUCUUCUGGCCCGGCGUGGUGCAGGGCGCACCCUGGAGAGACCCGCGUCUGGCCGGCUCAGCCCCGGCCGGCGGGGUCCUGGACAAGGACGGGAAGAAGAAGCACUCGCGCCCGACCUUCUCGGGCCAGCAGAUCUUCGCGCUGGAGAAAACCUUCGAGCAGACCAAGUACCUGGCGGGCCCGGAGCGCGCGCGUCUCGCCUACUCGCUGGGCAUGACCGAGAGCCAGGUGAAGGUGUGGUUCCAGAACCGCCGGACCAAGUGGCGCAAGCGGCACGCGGCGGAGAUGGCGUCGGCCAAGAAGAAGCAGGACUCGGACGCAGAGAAGCUGAAGGUGGGCGGCUCGGACGCGGAGGACGACGACGAAUACAACCGGCCCCUGGACCCCAACUCGGACGACGAGAAAAUCUCGCGGCUGCUCAAGAAGCACAAACCCUCGAACUUGGCGCUGGUCAGCCCGUGCGGCGGCGGCGGCGCGGGGGACGCCUUGUGAGGACGCGCGGGGCGGGGGCGAGUUUAUUUUUGCAGAAGCCGGCAGCGUCCCCGGGGGGGCGCGGGGCGCGGGCCGUGUGUCGGGGCCGAGUCGCUUUGUAUCAUCAAUAAAUUAUUUAACUGGUCCCGGUCGGAGCCGCGGCUCCGGAGCCUGCACCGCGUGUUUCUUCGUCUUGGACCUGGAGCUCCGCUGCCCCGGCUUCGCCCCUGCGGGACCCGGGCUUCCUUCGGGCGCGCGGCGGCCUCGGGUUCUCCGUGCGGAGGCUGCGGGCCCCUGGCCGGGGCGAGGAGCCGUGAAGGCGCGCGGGGCAGGGAAGGGCUCGGCCCGCGGGGAGGAACCAGCGACAGCCGCCGGGAGCCAGCGCCACGGAGCCGGGGACGGAGCGCGCGCCCCGCAGCAGGAAGCAGACCCUCAGAAUGACCAACAGCCGAAAGCCGUGGGGCGGACUCCGUGCUGGAACUGUGGCCGCGGAGCCUGCGACCACAGCAGGGACACGGACAGACCCGGUCCUUCCGCCAGGAACACGUUCGGCAGCGGACCCCAAAUCACUUGCAACGGUAGCGAUUAGACAAAAACAUCCACCUAAAUGCCUUCGCCGGCCAGGAACUCUGUAGUGUUCUAAAGUAAAAUCAAUAAAACAUACGUGUGUGUGUCUCAUCA